AUGGCUUUUCAAGUCUCGAUCCCCAGGCCCGUAAGGACCACUUCUCGAUUCCUCGAUCAGAGCUUAUCACUGACGCGAACGAUGCUUCACCAGAAUGUCGCGGCUGUGACGUCGGAUCUCUGGCCUUCCAUGUCCAGCCUGUUGGCUGCUCCUUGGAAGCAAAGCGGGCGAACUCCAACGGCCAGCGCCGAGGCCUCCCGGCGGAAUCUCAACAAAGAAAAAACUACGACGAUGUCUGAGCGCGUGGCAUUGCCGGAAUGCUUGGACACAGUCUCGAUGGAAGCGUUGGGAGCUGGUGUCUUCCACCGGCCUGCUCAACGCGGAUGGUCGCCACAAUUGAAUGGAAAGACGAUAUGGGCUGCCUCAACAGUUGCACCUAAUCGUGGUUUCGCUCUCGCCUUUUCGGCUGCUCGUUCGUAUUCGACCUUGACACCCUUCCGCCUUCACUCGCUACGCCCGGCCCCGAAGGCCAACGGACUCUCGAAGAUUCAACAGCGGAGGUUUUUGUUUGGAGGACCGUCACAGAAUAUGUUGGCUCAAAAAGAGAAGACCGCGAACAACAACCCAAACAGUGCGAACGCUCAGAAUUCCUUCUACUAUGCCCUCUUCCGUGCCAACUUGCCGGCGAUUGUCGUGGAAAGAUACCGUAGUGGUCAUUUUGCCAGCAAUGCCGUGUCUGAAAUGAUAUAUACGAAAGCCUUGCAGCGUGUCGGUGGUGCGGAAACAGCGCCUGUUGCCGGGCAAAACCAGAACGUGAGCCCUGAUCAGCUCCAGGCGAUCGGCCAGGCGGUGGCUGCGCGGAGUCAUGGCGGUCAAGUUGGGCUGACAGCGAAGCAAACCGGUACUGGCGCCAAGGAGGCUCCUCUCUACGUCGUGGUCGAGGAAUCUCUGGGCAGCGCCGUGUUCCGUUGGGUCAAAUUCCUCCUCUACUUCUGCUUUUUCACCUACAUGUCGCUCGUGACUAUUACUAUCCUGGUCGAGACCACUGGCGUGUUGAAGAACAUCCGAGGCUCGCAGACCAAUGAAGCGCAGCCUGAGGAGCAGAAUGUCCGUUUCAGUGACGUGCACGGCUGCGACGAGGCCAAGGACGAACUGCAGGAACUGGUGGAAUUCCUCCUUAACCCGGAGCGGUUCUCGUCUCUGGGAGGCAAAUUGCCCAAGGGUGUUCUCCUGGUUGGUCCUCCUGGUACUGGUAAGACUCUGCUCGCCCGUGCAGUGGCUGGAGAAGCGGGUGUUCCGUUCUUCUACAUGUCUGGAUCUGAAUUCGACGAGGUCUAUGUGGGAGUCGGCGCUAAGCGGGUUCGUGAGUUGUUCAACCAGGCUCGUGGCAAGGCCCCGGCGAUCAUUUUCAUUGAUGAACUGGACGCGAUUGGUGCGAAGCGAAAUGAGCGGGAUGCUGCCUAUGUGAAGCAGACGCUCAACCAGCUGCUUACGGAGCUGGAUGGCUUCUCUCAAACCAGUGGUGUCAUCAUCAUUGCGGCGACUAACUACCCGCAGUUGCUGGACAAGGCGCUGACUCGACCUGGUCGGUUCGACCGCAGAGUCGUCGUGGGCCUUCCGGACGUUCGUGGGCGGAUGGAUAUUCUGAGACACCACAUGAAGGAUGUACAAAUCAGUACGGAUGUUGACGUGGCGGUUAUUGCACGGGGCACUCCCGGAUUCUCUGGUGCGGACCUGGAGAAUCUGGUCAACCAGGCUGCGGUCCAUGCCAGCCGUGACCGCAAGGUCAAGGUCGGUCCCAUGGACUUUGACUGGGCCAAGGACAAGAUCAUGAUGGGUGCUGAGGCCCGCAACCGCGUCAUCCAGGAGAAGGAUAAGCUUCUCACGGCGUACCACGAGGCUGGGCAUGCUCUCGUCGCCUAUUUCUCUCCCUCCGCCACCCCGCUGUAUAAGAUCACGAUUGUUCCUCGUGGCAUGGCUCUGGGUAUUACACAUUUCCUGCCGGAGAUGGACACGGUCUCGAGGAACUACACCGAGUAUUUAUCUGACAUCGCUGUCUCUAUGGGUGGCAAGGCUGCCGAGGAGUUGAUCUUUGGCCACGAUAAUGUCACCAGUGGCAUCUCAGCGGACAUCCAGAGUGCGACCGAAACGGCGUUCACGCUGAUUACGCGGUUCGGGUACUCGAAGAAGCUCGGCAAUGUCGACCUCUCGUCUAACUACGAACGCCUGUCCUCCGAAACCAAGCAGGAGAUUGAGGUUGAAGUGCGGCGACUCGUGGAGGAGGCCCGAGCGCGGGCAGAACAGAUCCUAACCGAGAAGCGCAGCGAGCUGGAAACCCUCACACGGGCGCUGAUGGAGUACGAAACGCUCACCAGGGAGGAAAUGGAGAGGGUGCUUAAGGGAGAGAAACUCGAGAAGCUCGAGUCAACGCCCAGCGCGCCCCUCAAGCUCCCGGGUGCUCUGCAGCAAAGCAACAUCAACCCGUCAGCGGCGACCGAGGGGCCACCGACCGCGACGGAAUAA